AUGGGCAUUUUGGUUAGAGGUAUCUUCAUCAAGACUCCUUCUACUUUUAGAGUUGAAAAUUCAAAUUCUCGCUCUAUGUUUAGAUCUGAGCUCAUCACUAUCAAAAGAGUCCUGAUCUAUGUGGAAAAUACUGCUAAACCUGAUUUUAUGGAUAUAUGGAUCCUACCUAAUAGCCAAUCAUCAGUUCAACAUCCAAAUGGACGUUAUGAAGUAGCUUUGCCGUGGUUAGCUGGGCAUCCUGCUCAUUAUGAUAAGUACGAUAUAGCUGAAUCGCGACUUCGCACGGUAACAAAACGUUUGUUAAACGAAAAUAACUUCGAAGCCUACGAUGCUGUAUUCCAACAGUGGGAAUUAGAAGGCAUCAUAGAAACUGUUCCAAUGGAACAUCUGUUUAAGCUCAGUCAUUUUCUCCCUCAUAGGCCUGUUAUCAAGCCAUCCAGCAGUACUACGAAAGUGCGCCCAGUGUUCGACGCUUCUUUCAAGCGGCCUGGAUAUGCUUCUUUAAACGAGUGUUUGAGUGUUGGACCGAGUCUGAUACAUCAGAUACCGCCACUACUGCUGAGAUUCCGUUUAGGGCCCUUGGGAGUAGUUGCUGAUAUAAAGCAAGCUUUUCUGCAAAUAGGUUUAAGGGCCGAAGACAGAGAUGUACUGAGGUUCUUGUGGUGGGAAGAUGCUGAACGCACCAAACUUAAGAUUUAUAGACACUGCCGAGUGGUUUUUGGCAUCACUUCUAGUCCUUUUCUUCUGAACGCCAAAAUAAAAUAUGAUUUAGAAAUGCAGAAAACCUUCAAAAUACGAUUGAUAAAUUGA